AUGGAUGUAAAUGUCACUAUGGGUGAAGGAUAUUUGAAUAAACAACCUCCCAUGAUAACUCAAGGUAUUAUCAAAACUUCUACUGUAAAUACCCCUGUUUCCUUAACACCAUUUAUCAUUCCUACAAUUCCAGUGUCAUCUUCACCAACUUUUGAUAAUAUUAUCAAUCAACCCAUCACUUCGUUAUUCUCUUCACAAUCCACUGAUCCACUCAGAUCUAUUGGUGAUACUGAAACUGUUGAUGGAGGGUUUGGAGGUACUUUUGUUGAUCUUGAAUUCGAUCCAGAAGAAAAAGACAUCAAAGAUCACAUGUUAAUGUUAGGGAAGAAAUUCAUGAUUUUAAACAAGAAGCUUAACUCUAUUCUUUAA